AUGGAAUCGGCACAGGCGGGACCCAGUGACUCUGGGAAUGGGGAUGAAACCCCCAAAUACACCCCGCCGAAAGGGACGAUCAAGCUCCUCUUUCACAACUGUACGACACAAGAUAUCCUCUUCCGGGUCGUUCCCGCUAUUAUUCUCGCCGGAGCAGCCGCCAUCGUCCCGAUGUACAUGACCAUCCUCGUCGGAGAUGCCUUUGGAGCCUUUUCCUACUUUCCUCUCGACUACCGUCAAUCCACCUCGGAAGAUAGGGCCAACCUGAUGGCCAGCAUCUCGCAUAGCUGCUUGAUCCUCACGCUCGUCGGUGCGGCCGGAUGGGUCGUCAACUGUAUCAUGAUCGGUCUUUGGGUCCGGGUUGGGGAACUCAUUGCCCAUCGGUUGAGGUCCGCGGUGUUUGAUAGCGUCAUGCGUAGGGGGAUGGAAUGGUUCGACUUGGGGAUGGGAUUAAAGGUCGAAGAGUUUGCCGACAAAAAGGAAGCUGGACCGGGAGAGGACGCCGAAGAGAAUGUCGGAGCGGGAGGGCUGAUGAGCAAGUUUACCAGGGAAACCGACGACGUCCGUUUAGCUUGUGGCAUGAACAUGGGUCAAUCGAUCCAGGACAUUUCCACUUUUUUGGCCUGUUUCGUUAUGGCGCUCAUCAAGUCCUGGCGUUUGACCUUGGUGACCACUUCGGCCAUUCCACUGCUGGUCAUCUGUCAAAUCAUCACCCAGAUUUUCGUCAACCCGAUGUUCGCUGCCGAGCGAAGAGCUCUUGCCGAGGCGUCCACCAAUGUCGAACGUACCACCAGCGCCAUGCCUACCGUCAAGGCUUUCAACGCGCAACAGAUCGAGGUCGAUAAAUUCGAACACGGCGUCGAAAAGGCCAGGUCCAACUUUGUCCGCCAGGCCGUCGUCUGGUCAAUAUCGGCCGCAUUCGGAAACUUUGUCCUCAUGGCCAUGUUUAUCGCUGGCUUCUGGUACGGAGCUGGUCUCGUACGAGCUGACGAGGUCUCGCCGGCCACGGUGAUGACCGUCUUCUGGGCUUGUUUGCUGGGAAGCGCGAGCUUGCAGCAAUUCGUCCCGCGGCUCGUCCAGAUCACCCAUGGCAAGGAGAGUAUGGCCGGAUUAGUUGCUCUAAUGCAAGCGCCUACUACCGUUAAAGGCAGAGUCCGACCCAGUUCGGCGGUUUCCGAAGCGACUUUAACCAACAACACCGUCUCGCCCACAUCGCCCACGUUUCGAUCGAAACCUUGGAUGCGAUCGAAGCCGAGAGUCAACAAGACGGCUUCGCUUGCUUUGCGCCAAAUCAAGCCGAACAACGCCAAGGGCGAGUUUAAUCUUCAGGGCGUGACUUUCGCCUACCCAUCUCGACCGGAUACGUUAGCGCUGGAUAACGUCUCGCUGUUCUUGCCGGCUGGCGAGACGACGUUCAUUGUGGGAGGAUCUGGAUCAGGGAAAUCAACGGUCGCUCAAUUGAUGCUACGCCUUUAUCCUGCAGACCACGGCGAGGUCACGUUGGAUGACCAGGACAUCCAAUACCUGGACCUUGGCUUUACUCAGGAACACGUCGCUGCAGUACAACAGGGUUGUAUCCUCUUCGACAUGAGCGUGCACGACAAUGUCGCAAUGGGUCUAGCUGGAUUGCCCAAACGCAAACCAGCAGAUGCGACUCGAGACCAGGUCAUCGAAGCUUGCAAGAUGGCCAUGAUGCACGAUUUCAUCAACGGACUUCCUCAGGGCUACGAAACCAAGCUUGGGGCAAGAGGAGCUAGUCUCAGCGGAGGACAGAAGCAACGUUUGGCGAUAGCUCGAGCGCGGCUGAGAGAUCCGACUGUGUUAGUUUUAGACGAGGCCACUUCGGCGCUAGACGCGGCAUCGAGGAUUCUCGUAUUCGAGGCGAUCAAGAGAUGGCGAAAGAACAGGACGACCAUCGUCAUUACACACGACCUGUCCCAAAUACAAAAUGAGGACUUUUUAUACCUGAUGAAGGACGGCCGCGUGGUGGAACAAGGCUUUCGAUCAGACCUCAUCAUGAAGGAGAACAGCGAAUUCGGCAUCAUGGCUACCAUACAGGCUCAAGUGCCAUUCCCCUCAACCGAUCGGGAUCCAUGGGAGACGGCGGACGAUCUUGAGAUCAUGCUCGAGGACGAUCUCAAGAUCCGACCGGGAUAUCUGAGUAUGCGACCUAUCUCUCGUCAGAGCUUCCGGGCGACUUCCCGUCAGAGCGCCAUCAAGAGCAACGCAUACUCGACGUACCUUGAGAUCCUCUCGGAUUACCACGGCACGACUGGCUUGGCUCCAGGCGACAGGAACACCAAGCGGAUGUCAAUGCUGCUAGCUCCCGGCAACCGUUUGAGCCACCGACACAGCAUGGUCAACAUGCCGGACCGGCUUCAAGCUCCGAGCCCGCUUCAUCUAGCUCGGCCCGCUUCGAGUAUGGCGCGGAACCAUUCACUGCGGUCCGAUAUCGAGGGCGAUACCGGAUUCGUGACGAUGCUGGAAAAGUCGGCCGGCAAGUUAUCCCCCUCCACGGCAUCGCCCUUGUCAUUCGAUAGGCGACGAUGGGACGAAGACGAUGACGCUGUGUCACAGCUUCAGAUCAAGGUCGACGCAGACGGAAAGGAGUUGUCAGCAGGAGAGGCGGAAUUUGUUCAGCCUUCGACCGCGCCGCCGUCUAUCUGGCAUUUGCUUCGUACGCAUUUGCCCAACGUUCCAAACAAGUGGUUGGGAGUUGUCGGUCUGGCCGGAGCCAUUGGUCAUGGUAUCAUAACCCCUCUGUGGUCCAAGGAGAUUGCACUCUUGAUGGCAGCUGUCAGUGCAGGUGGAGACAACAAGGCGUAUAUUACGUACUUGUCUGUCCGUAUCCUCGGCAUCACGGUCGGGGACGCUUUCGCCCUUGGCGCUCAAUUCUUUUUCCUCGAGAAGAUGGCUGGAGAUUGGAUCAAGAUGCUUCGAGCAAAGGCGUUUGGACUCGUCAUCGUUCAACCUCAACCUUGGUUUGACCGACGCGAGAAUGGCUCAAGCCGACUGGUCCAUACGCUCGUCAAGGAUGCCGAGGACAUGAAGCCGAUGGUUUCCACAAUCAUCGGGCACUCGACCAUGGUUGUCGUCAUGAUCGUAGCCGGUAUCGCGUGGGCUAUGGCAACGGGAUGGAAGUUGACCAUGGUUGGACUGGCAGUGGCGCCAAUCUUCGCCCUUAUCGCUAUCUUGCAAUCGAGAAUCAUCGGAUUGCUCGAAGCCAAGAACAAGUUUUCUCGUGAACAGGUGUCGAGGACUUUCUACGAGAGCGUCGCUAAUAUCCGAGCCAUUCGCGCUAUGGCUCUGGGUAAUACAUUCCACACGCGAUUUACGGACGACCUGUCCACCACGCUCAGAUCUGGUAACGUAGCAGCCUGGGGAACCGGGAUCGGGACCGGCACUGGAGCGGCAUUGCCUUAUUUCGUUCAAGCCCUGUUGAUUUACGUCUCGGCCAUCUUCAUCGUCAAGGGUUACUAUGAUUUCUCGACCAUGAUGCAGGUCUACUCGUUGGUUCUCUUCAGCGUGACCUUUGCUUCUCAAUUUAUGGAUUUCAUCCCCGAGAUCGCCAAAACCAAGAUGGCCACUGCAGACUUUGAUCGACUACGCCAGCUGACGACUGAUACAGUCGAGGAAAAGGGAGAUCUCAGGUUCCCCAUCACUGGACAUGUCAAGUUUGAGGAUGUCGAUUUCGCCUACCCUACACGACCGGAUGUCCCGAUCCUGACGGGCGUGAACUUCGAGCUCUCACAAGGCGACUGCGUAGCUAUUGUCGGCGCUUCAGGAAGUGGAAAGUCUACCAUCGCGGCUCUGUUACAACGACUAUACGAGCCCGACCGAGGCUCGAUCCGGCUGGAUCGGUUUGAAUUGGGUCAAGCCGACGUUCGAUGGUUGCGUGACCAUGUCGCCGUCGUCAGCCAGCAAGCCAAUCUAUUCGACGCGACCGUUGCGGAGAACAUUGCCUACGGUACCCAUGCUGUCCCGCUAGACGAAAUCUAUCGAGCUGCCAAAGCUGCCAACGUGCACGAUUUCAUCAUGUCCCUCCCUCAAGGGUACGAGACCAACCUCGGCGAGAACGCUUCCCUCAUCUCUGGCGGUCAAGCACAGAGACUCCAGAUCGCUCGAGCCCUGAUCCGACGAUCCAAUAUCUUGAUUUUGGACGAAUGCACCUCGGCUCUGGACCCGGAGAAUCAGCGGGCGGUUUUGGAUACGAUCAUGAAGGUCAAGGAGGGCAAGACGACCGUGUUCGUCACGCACAAGGCAGACGUGAUGAGACGAUGUGAUAGGAUCUUGUGUCUGGACAGCGGCAGGAUCGCCGAGCAAGGGACCUGGGACGAGUUGAUGAGGAGAAGAGGGGUAUUUGCAGGGCUGAUGCGAGCCGGAGAAUGGGAAUAA